AUGAGGAUGUGGGGGAUUCCUCUAAAAUGCCCUCAAUGUUCCCGAAAGAUGAACAGCUCUGGGAUCUACAGGAAGGUGAGAGAGGUGAUUGACGUGGAUAGUCACUACUACCUGGUGGGAGGAGACUAUCCACGUUGCAACAAGUGCGCUCUGCCGGUCUGCCCAUGGAGCCAGGACAUCCUCUCGCAGCUGGAUGUAGCCCACAGGAGCAUGUUUCCCGCUGUCCUCACUACACACCUGGCUCUGGACAGGAAAUGUAUGACCUUCCUGAAGCCGAGGACCAGUGGAAACAGCUCCUCCUACUUCCAAGCAGCAAUAGAGGAAGUGCACAGCGAGGAGUGGGCACGUCAGGCCAUCCGAUACCUCUCGGACUGUGUGUCUUCUGUGACCAAACUGUUCCAUCCAUGGAGGUCUGCAGUGCGUUUGGACAGUUUCCACUUUAUGAGGCGCUUCAACUGUGGCCUCACCACAGAACACCACCCUCUUUAUGGCACCUUUUGUGCCAAGCUCUCCUCCUGCAUUUUUGAAUGGGACCAGGAGGAUGUGCAAGGCCUGAAGGAGGCCAAGAGAGGGGAGUGGAAGAGCAGCCACAGUGGACAUGAGCCCACGGAGGAGCAGCUCUUGGCAACCAUCACCUCAGGGGAACAGAGGAGACACUGCAGGAGGAGGUCGCGUGGCGUAGAGGACAUACGGCGCAUGAUUUCAGGGCUGCUGGAGUCAGUGUGGGAGCUCACUGACACCACAGGGCUGCGUUUGGUGAACCAUGACACCAUGCACCAUGUGUGGGAGGGCGGCAAAGAGCUGGACGUCCUUAGGUGUGGCAGGGGGUCCUCCUCCCUGGAGAGUUUUCACCGACACCAGUGCGCUUUUAUCCCAGGCUGGCGGUGCAAUGCAUCUCAUAUGCAGAUGUACAUGCUGGAGGGGCUAUCCAGGUGGAACAUGGCUCGGGCCAAGGAGGCAGUAGCUGUGGAGGGGGCCUCGGCUCUGCGGAGCUUUGACGUCCGCCUGAUGUCCCACCUUAACAGCCUGAGCCAGCGUGUCCUUGGUUGUGCUCUAGUGCCAGAGUUUACCCCUCCUGGGAAACCCACUGACGUGCGCACGGCGGUGGAGUAUUUAUUGGGCCAGACCAACAGAGGGGAUCUGCUUGCUCCUGCACCUGCCCCUGAAAACCCCUCACAGACCAGCCAAUGUGACUCCAGAGGUGUUGUGGGAUGGGAGAGUGUGGACGCCCUGGCAGCCUAUCUCGUUGGCCUGAACCGCACCACCACUGCUCUGUCAGCCAAGGAGGAGGCAGACAUAGUCCGUCUGUACACAGCUCUCCAUGACAUGGACAAGACACCUUCAAGGUACAGCCAGAAGGGUAAAAAGAAGGGACAGGUGUCAGCAGGACCAUGGAGAGCACCCAGAAAGCCCAGUUGCUCUGCUCCAGGACAGCAGGCGGCAGAAAGACUGUACAUGACUCAUGGCCAAGCAGCUCAGGACCCUGAAGCAAACAGAGUCAGUGAGUGUGUUUGCCUCAGACUGGCCAAAGAGUUUGAUCAGGCACGCAACAGGCCAAAGGACGUAAAGGGCAAGACCAUGCCCAUCCCACAGUUCAUCGUCAGCGUCUACAGCCACCUCAGACAGCUGCUGGAGGACAGCAGGGUGGUCCUGGGUCAGACUAACGUGGUGCUGGUACCAGUCAACAACACCACUGUCUCCUCAUGGCUGCUCAGGAGGGACAAGAGGAAGGACAGGGACAUGCUUCUGCAGGGCACUGUUCUUCCAAAACAGCUGCACCAGGCCAAGGAGCCUCUGCCCUCAGUGAGCACUCUCCCUGCUGCCCCUGAACCACAUGCUCAGGAGAUGACUUUUGAAGAGCCUGAGAAUCGUGAGGGAGAAGCUUGCCCCCGCCAGCGAAAUGUUGCAGGACCCAGCCAACCUGUGCCUCAUCCACCACCUCCCACUUUCCCUUCACAAUAUGGACCAGCUCCUCCUCUCCAGCAAGCUCCUCAUUUACAUUACCCACCUCCAUUUCCCCAUGUUCCUCCACAUCUGCACCCCCAAUACCUUUAUCCUCCUCCAUUCCCCCAUGCUCCACCUUUUCAAUAUGCUCCUCCACUUCCACAAGCUCCUCCACACCCCCAUGCUCCUCCGUGUCCCGAGGCUCCUCCGCUGCAGCAGCCUCCAGCAGGCCUUCCCUCUCAGCCAAGGCAGCGUGCAUGGAGGCUGAAUAAAGCUGCCCAGGAGGAUGAGGAGCGAGCAUUAAGGGGACAACCACCGAAGAAGAGGUUGGCCAAAGAAAAGUAUCACUACACCUGCAAGCAGUGUGGGGAGAACAAGAGCAAGACCACAGGACACACGCAGGUGAAGGGGCGGUGGUACUGUCCGGCCUCAGGUCUGACCCUGGAAGACUGGAGGAGGAGCCUCAACUGA